AUUCCGGUGGAUUUUCAAAACAAAUCUAUUCACGAAUCUAAAACUGUGUGAUUUUUAAAACUUUUUUAUGACCAUCGCGUAACGUAGAGAUAAAAAGAGGAUUGACUUGCAAAAUCUUUAUUUUAAAACUCCCUACCUAUUUUAUUAAGUUUAAACUGAACUGUAUUUACCUAAGUGCAAUUUUAAGAUUGCAGCAUUGCAGUAAAAUUCAUAUUAAAAAAACGCAUAUGCCUAUAAUAAGCCUUUAAAACUUACUAUUCUAUCAAGAUAAAAUAAACCAAAUACAGAUAAGUAGACUGACUUGUUCAAAACUCUUGAAUUUACAGAAGCAAUAGCAAUUUACUAAGACACUUUUACUCGUUAAAAUCUUGAAAUAACUAUUCACAUUUUUUGUAGUAGGCUAAACUGCAGACAAAAGUUGAAAAAAAGGGCUGUGAAGCUACAACUUAUCUCAAUAACUGAAUGGUAAUCUUGACUGACGAGACAAAAUUUCGGUGAUUUCUUGCUUAUUUGUGGCAUGGAAUUUAGGAACUAAUUGGGCAUUUUUCUGAAGUUUUUCAGUUAGAUUGGUUAGAAGACUGCGUAUAGGUUAGUUAUUCCUGCUUUACAAAAGUAUCAAGUGGAGGUAUCACAGGUGUUUUUGACAUUGAAGACCUAGUAGAUGUGCUUAGGAAAGAAAACGCAGUCGAUAUAUUUGUCGCAUCACUUCCGAAACAACUCCAGUAUGCUGAUUAUGUAGUUGUAGUGGCUGGAAAAUCUCUAAAGCAUAUGCUAGGAAUGGCAGAAUUCGUAAGGAAACUCUACAAAAUGAAGAGACAUUCAACUGACCUGAUACCCAGGCUAGAAGGCGAAGACUCUAAAGAUUGGCUAGCUGUAGAUUUAGGGAAUAUAAUUCUGCAUGUAAUGUCCAAGAAAGCGCGCUUAAACUUUGAUUUGGAGAGUUUAUGGUCCUUGGGGAAGGAUUAUGAUGAACUAACAAACAGUGCAAAAAUAGAUCCUCUUGAAGAAAUAUUGAAAAAACAUGCAAUAAGUUUGGAUGAUUUUCAGCCAUUGGAAAGAAACUGAAUCAUUUUUUCAAUGUAGGAUUUGAAAAUUGUGAUUGCUCGUUAACUUAGUUUCAUAUUUUGUUGUUCAGCAUUUUGUAAUUGUGCUAUGAAAUCAUUACAGAUUGACUUCAAUCGCUUUCAUUCGAUUAAACGGCUUAUACUUGUAUUUAAACAGUGAAUUAUGAAAGUAGUCAGUAGUGAUUGGAUUUUUAUGGGAUUCUAAUUCAUAAACGUUCCGUUGUUGAUUGCUAAGUUAUUUUUAGGAUUUGGUAAUGAUCAAUGUUUUGUAAAUCAUAGUAAUUGCGUUGUCCUAUCAUGCUAAUUAUAGAAUCUUCGAUUUGAGAGGUUUCUUUCCUCAUAGAUGAUGAAAUGAUUAACACAACAUACAAUAUUAUAUUCUCAUUGUCAUAUUUUUUGACAAAUGCUUGAAAAUUGAAUUAUUCAACAUUCUUAGAAGUCAUGAUUGAUUUCAGUUCUUUGAUCAAGUGAGUGGAGUCGAAUGAGUAUCAGAUCUAGAAAUGUGAUGACUAUGAAACAACCAAAAUAGAAUAUUGAAUUACUGUUACCGACAUUGUACUGUUAUUUCCGCUCUUCUGAACAUUACAUAACUAGAAUGGAGAUCAAACUUGAAUGAUGUUUGAUAUUUUUUCAAAUUAUCAAAUGCUCAACAUGUUGAAAAUGUUUUGUAAAUAUACGGUAUAGAUUUUAGUAUGUAUUUUGAAUUUUAAAUAAAAAUUUUUGACGAAUCUUCCUGUUUCAUUUGUGCCUUGAUUGCUCUGUAAUGAACAUGUUCUAUCUUACAACGAAAUUUCUACCUAAUGUAUCAUGUUAAUAUUAUUUUUUCAGAAAGAGAAUUGAUAAUUCUUCAUGAUAGCUAGUAAUGUUGGUGAAGUUUUACAGUUAACGAUAUGCUUAUCCUAGACAUUGCAUAACGUGAGAUCUGAAUUCAAUUAUUGUCUCUAUAAAAACAGUUUAUUAUGAUUGGCUAUGAUGAUUUUCAUGACCUCUAGUACUCCCGUUGUAAAGACGGCAAAAACCGAAUAGGCGUACUUGAAACUAUGAAAUCGAUUCAUUUUGUGGUAGACGUUUCAAGUUUUCAGUAUUGGGGACUGUGCUUGAAUAGAUUGUACUGAUUAGUCUAGAGUAAUUAUUCUUAUAAUCAAAUCUGUAAAUUUCAGACACGAUGAUCGCUGAUGAAGUUAGUACGGUCAUGGAAAAUGAUGGAAUCAAAUUCCGUGGGUGUUUGGAGAAAUCAGGAGACAGUGAUGAUGAUCAGAAUGACCACACUUCUCCAACCUACAUAGUGAUUCAGUUUGCUCCAAAGGUGAAAAUAGAAACUGCCAAAUGGAUUGUACAAAAGAUAAUAUCAGCAAAAAAUGUCGGAGGCGCUGAUCUAACCGUCAAGCAACAGCCUCGACUCAACAAUGAUAUCGGCUUAAUACUGCAUGUUUCUGCAAAUCAUUUCAAGUUAUUAGAACUGGCUGAAGAGUUGGAUAUCAGGAAGAGGGAUCGCAAAGGCUCAAUCAGAGAUUUCACUAUGAGCGCAAUGGAUGAUUUUAUCAAUUUGCAAUCUUCUGACUGCUCAUCUGAUAUCCUUUCAACGGCUGAAAAACAAAGCUUGGUCAGACAUGAACUGGAAAAUAUCAGAGCUCUGGAAAACGAGAAUUCAGUUCCGGGAUACACCAAUAUUCAUCUUUAUGAAGGACAAUCAAUUUUAAUGGCUUGUUUGCACUGGCGCCUAAUUCUACAGAUAUUUCCUUUACAUGACGAGGAAGAAGUGAAGAAAUUGGGAAAAUUGUGGUUCAUGUCACUAUUUAGUAAACAACCUUUUGAAUCCAUCAGAGGUUACUUUGGAGAAUCAGUUGCCUUAUACUUCCAGUUCCUAGAUUAUUACACCACUUUUCUACUAGUGCCUAUGAUAUUCGGCUUUUACCAGAUGUUUAUGACAACGGAAGCCAUUGCGUUCUUCUGUAUAUUCAAUGUUCUUUCAGCAUCAGUAUUUUUGGAGAUGUGGAGGAGGAAGUGUAGCGAGUUGGCUUACCUGUGGGGCACAAUAGGCAUGGCCAGCAGUAUGGAUGAGCCCAGGCCCAACUUCCGGGGCACCAUGGCCAUCGAUGUCGUCACUGGCAAAAAGCAGCCUCAGUUCCCUCGUUGGAAAACAAAUCUUAAGAUGUAUUGUGUUUCGCUACCUCUGGUUGUCGUCUGCAUGCUUGGAGCCUUUCUAAUAAUGUUGAUAUCAUUUUGGGCUGAAGAAAUGUUGAAAUCCAAUGUUGAAGUUUCGUCAAACUUCCACAUGCUACCUAGCAUAAUCUAUGCCGGCCUCAUUUACGUUAUGAAUUUGGCCUACAGACGGUUUGCCAACUUCCUCACAGAAUGGGAAAAUCAUAGGACACAAUCGCAGUUUGACAGACAUAGAGUGACCAAAUUGGUUCUGUUUGAAUUUGUCAACAACUUCAUGUCUCUUUUCUACAUAGCAUUCGUCAUACAGGACAUGGAAAUGCUUCGCAGUCAACUGGCUACUCUACUUAUUAUCCUCCAACUACUUAAUAAUUUCCAAGAAUCACUUCUUCCACUAUUCCUGAGAUAUUCUGUUGAUAAGGUUUCGAGCAUAACAAGCAUUGUGAAAGGCAAAAAGAAAUCUAAAGAUUUAGAUAACCCUAAUGAAGAUCUUGGUAUACCAGAAAUGGAUUCUAAUAGUCACUUCGUUCAGCAAGCUCAACGUGAAGCAGUGAUGGACAUAUAUGAGGAUCCUUACGACGAUUACCUAGAACUGUUCGUUCAAUUUGGAUACGUAUUUCUAUUCUCAGCUAUCUACCCGAUGGCUGCGUUUUGGUCAGUGAUCAAUAAUGUACUUGAAAUUCGCUCUGAUGCUUUCAAAUUAUGCUGUGUCUACCAACGCCCUAUGUCUCGGCGAGUUAAAGAUACCGGGGCUUGGCAGCGGGCGUUCCAAGCUCUGUGUGCCAUGUCGGUGUUGACGAAUUGUGGGCUGCUGUGCCUGCAGCCGUCACUGCGAGCCCUGGCGCCGGACAUGAGUCCAGUGGAGUGGGUGCUGCUGUUCGUGGCACUCGAACAUGUGCUGCUCGGCACCCGCCAGGUGCUGCACUACGCCAUUCCCGACAAACCAGACUGGGUCCGCAUUCAGCUCGCGCGCAUCAACUACCAGUCCAAGCAAGCGCUCAAGUAUAAGAAAAGGACAUGAAGCUCGUUCGUGAUUCAUCUCAUUCAGUCACUUCUAAUAAUUUGACGUACUCUCGUCCUAUCACGCCAAAUAAUUCAUUUUCCAAAUUAUUUCAAAAAAUCAUUUCUUAACCCAGUAGAAACAUUUUUAUUAUUUAAUCAUCAUCUGAACUCAAUCUGCAAAUUAUUUUGAAUAAUUAGGAUGUGUUACAAACUAUUUUACUAUCUAGUCACUUCCUUGUCAGUAGUAGUAAUUAGCAUUUUUUAUAUUUUUCUUUUCUGAAAGUAUGUAUUUUUGUGUCUUUUAAAGUAACUAAAUAUUAUUCCUCAAUUAUCUGAUUUCAAACUAACUGUAAGAGAAACGUUAGGGUGAAUCUCACUCAUUUUGUAUUUCUUUUUUAUUCUCAAAUCAACCCCAUUGCUGCACAUAUUUUUUUUGUAAUUCAAAUCCAGAUUGCAUGACUCUCAGUAUUAGUUUUCUGGUGUUUUUUGACUAUUAGUUUUCAUGACCUCAGUUUUUAUAUGAGUUAUUUAUAAACUUUUUAUAUUCGAAUAUAAACAAUUAAACAUCGAAUGAAGUCUUUCCAUUCCCAAUAGGAACCACUUCUUAAACCAAUAACUACUUGAACACGAAUGCUAGAGAUGCAGGAAUGAGUAUGCAAAGUCAAUUUAAAUCAGAAUUAUAAAAAAUGGGAAUUAUUUUAUGAAACGCUUCUUAUACCUUUCUCUUUUGAUUGUACUUAACUCUUUACAAAUCAGUAGUGAAGUGAGAAAUUUUGGAAAUUUUUUAAAUUAUUUUUAAAUGCAUUGUCUACUUCUACUUUAUGUAUUUUUGUUACAAUAUUAUUUAUCUCGUAUAAAUAUAUUAACUAUAUACUUGUUGGUGGACCAUUGCAAUUUCUGUUUCUAUAGCUAUUGUAACAAUACCGUACUGUAGUAUAGGGUUGAUUUUUUAUACUGAUUUUACAAUCAAUCGCCUUCCAAAUAUAGUUGAAUAACAAAGAUAAAUCAAUAUUCACUCAAAUAAGGAUGUAUUUUAGAUUUCAACUAUUUUCAAAAUAACUCAUUAUUUGGAGUUACCAAUCCAAUGAAGUUGAUAAGGAGUCUUGAAUGUUUUAAUGAAAUUGCCACGAUAUAAUUGAAAAAGUGAUUUGGAAUACAAAUCAUAAAAUGGAAACAUAACGAUAUUAGUCGCUAUAUUAACUUUGAACAAUUGGCUUGAUUCAUAAUUUGUUUUUCAUUAUGUAUUAGCUUCGU